AUGAAUAUGGUCGUCAAGAUCAUCUUCAAGAAGGCACUGGACGAGCCAGAGAACAGCAAGCUAUAUGCCGGCGUGUGCCACAGCCUUGCCUUGUAUGAGGCAACCGUUCUGCGCGAUGGUCACAAGGGCGAGCGCCCCCAGUCGCAGCUGCGCGACGCUAUCAUCAGAACUGCCCAGUACGAGUUCCGAACGCUCUCCCAGGAGCUGUCUAAGAUGGAGGACAAGUCUGAGGAGGAGCUCGAGUACGAGCGCUCCAACGUGAUGCGGCGCAAGCGGUCCAACAUGCGCUUUAUCGGUGAGUUGUACCUUUGCACAGCCCUGACGCACACGACCAUGUUCACUAUCAUGGAUCUGACGAUGCGCUGCAGCGACGGCACGGGGUUCCCCAGUAGCGAGAACAUCGAGCUGCUCGCCGCGCUUCUCAGCACCAUCGGCGAUCGCCUAGAUAAGAGCCACAAGACGACGCUCGACUCCUACUUCACCUCCCUCGAGAACUUCAACAAGAAGCCUGACUGUACGUACCCACCACGCAUCCGCUUCAAGAUCAUGGACCUGCUGGAUCUGCGCAAGUGCGGCUGGGGCUCCAAGCCGAAACCUGUCAAGGCUGCCCUGCCGCCAAGCCACGGCAAAGACAAGAAGUACGCCUCUGCCCCACCCCCCAAGAAAGGUGGUCGGGAUCAGGGCAACGGCGCUGCUGCUGCGGUGAAGAGCUGGCGCGACGCUGCCACGGCGAAGACAGGCACUAUGGCAGCACCGGCGCCUUCGGCCGGUAAAGGGCUGAACGGACGUGGUACGUCGAGUGGAGCACUGGCAGCCAACACCACGGCUUUGUCCACCUCAGCAGCGGUCACGAGUGCGGCUGCUGCACCCGCUGGUGCCGCUUUCCGCGGCGAAGCGUCUCCGCCGGCUCCACUUGUGAAGUUCGAGCUGCGCGUGGCGUCAAUGUUUCAGGAGUGGGUGGCAGACCGCACGAACGACGUCAUUCUUCAGUGGGUGGAUCAGUUCAACACAUGCGACCGCUUCUUUGAGUCGGAGAGCGAACUGUGUGUAGCGGUGGCGCAGGAGGUGAUUCACUCUGCUUGCACGACCACCCGCAAGGAUGCCCAGCGCGCGGCCUUCAGCUUCCUCGUCGUUGGCUUGUACAUGAUCGACACGGAGGUGUUCGACGGCUUUGCCAGCGCCCUCGCCUCCGCAAUCGAGGACGGCUUGUUGGAAGACGUUCCAAAGUUUGGGGAGCGCUUCAUGAGCAUGCUGCGCCUCACCUCCACUGAACAGGAGACACGCGCCGAUGUGUACUUCGAUGCGGCGAAUGUGCUGCGCCUGACCUACAAUCGGCUAGAGAGCCCCGACGACUACGCCGUGGACACACUGAUGUCCUUCUGGGAUCGCGUGCCGCUUCCGUCCACCGACGAGGAGAAUAUGAUCCGAAUGGAUCUCGACGUUGUUUACAGUAUGUGCAACCCCGAAGGUGCACAGGAGGGGCUGGAGAAGCUGCUCAGCCGCAUCAUCCACUCGAUGCUGCAGAUGCAGCUGAUGGACGCGGAGGUGCUGGCCGAGUUCCUCUGCCUGGAUGUGGAGGAGGGGCUGUGUGCCAAAGUUAUUGCCGACUACAAGGCGCGAGUCGUCAAGUGA